ACCGGAAGUCAGUCCGCCACCCUACUGUUCCCGCAGGAACAAGGAAAUUGAAAACGUUUAGCAGAGGCUGCUGUGAAUGAGCUCCACCUCUGCAGGUGGAUGUAACCGGCUUUACACUGGAAAAAGGGUCCAGUGUGUCCAGGCUUCAGGAUUGUGUUACAGCUGACACCAACAUGGGACUGCUGUCUGACCCAAACAGAAGACGGGCUUUGAUCAGCCUGCUCACCCGCCUGAAUACCCCAAUCUGCUUGGUCUGCUACAUGGCGGGUGUGGCCUGGUUCAUGGGUUUAGCUUUUGAGCCAUUCACUUUGCGGACAUACAUGUCAGAGAAUGCUAUGGGGUCUACCAUGGUGGAGGAGCGGUUUCCAGCAGGGGAGAGGGCGCUGGCCACUGGCAGGGAGUUUGCAGCUCAUAAGAAGAAAGUAGGUGGGAUGCCUGUGGAUUGGCUGGUGAAGACCAUGCAGGCUAGAGGUCUAGAAGUGUUUACCCAGAGCUUCUCUCGCACUCUUCCCUUUCCUGACGAAAACAAAGAGAGAUAUAUGGUGAAAGGCACAAAUGUAUAUGGGAUCCUUCGGGCCCCUAGGGCUCCACGGACUGAGGCCCUGGUGCUGAGCGCUCCCUGCAGCCCAGGUGAUAACAACCAGGCUGUGGGACUGCUGCUUGGUUUGGCACAGUACUUCAGGAAUCAGAUUUACUGGGCCAAGGACAUCAUUUUCCUCGUGAACGAGCAUGAUCUGAUUGGUAUGCAGGCCUGGCUGGAGGGCUACCACCACACCAAUACUACAGGUAUGGACUGGUCUCCGCUGCAGGGCCGUGGUGGUUCAAUCCAGGCAGCUCUGUCCCUGGAGCUCAGUAGUGAUGUCAUCACCAGUUUGGACCUGGUACUGGAAGGCCUUAACGGCCAGUUACCCAACCUGGAUUUGGCCAACCUCUUCUAUGCCUUCUGCCAGAAGAUAGGAGUCCUUUGUACCAUCCAGGGCAAGCUGCAGAGGAAUGACUGGGACAGUGUGUCUGGCUACAGCCAUGCAGUCCAGACCAUGAUGCUGAUGGUGAUGAAGCAGGCCAGUGGGCGGCCCUGGGGGGACCACGGCCUGUUCCUGCGCUACCACAUCGAGGCCGCCACCAUCAAAGGCAUCAACAGCUUCCGCCAGUACAAGACUGAUGCUACCACCAUUGGCAGGCUCCUGGAAGGAAUGUAUCGUAAGCUGAAUAAUCUCCUGGAGCGUCUGCACCAGUCCUACUUCUUCUACCUCAUGCCAUCACUCUCUCAUUUUGUCUCCAUUGGUUACUACAUGCCUGCUUUUGGCCUGCUCACCGUCAUCCUGCUGCUUCGUGCCUUAGACCUGUGGGUCCAACUUGCGACUCCACCGACAAGAACAGAAGAUGGAGUCGCUGACAUUGAGCAGCAGUCCAGUCCAGGAGUGCUGUCUGUGUUGACUCCCCUGGUGAUCAGCCACCUGACUGGAGUAGCUCUGUACACGCUGCCAAUCCGUUUUCAGGAGAUGGCUGUUGAACACUUCCCGGUGUCUGAGACUGAGGCCGUGGUCCUGACAGCUAUUGCUGUUUACACGGCAGGGCUGGCUUUGCCUCAUAACACACACAGAUUCCUGUCAGGUGAGGGGACAGAGCAGGGCUGGAGAGUGCUGAAGCUGGUGGCGGUGUUGUACUUGGCUGUGCUGCUGGGUUGCACCGCCCUCAUCAAUUUCUCCCUGGGCUUCAUCCUGGCUCUCACCCUGGUGCCCGUAGCGGCCUUCGUCACACCCCACAUCCCAAAGGUUCUGUCAGCCUUCAUCUUGGUCAUCCUCAGCCCAGCCUGCACGCUCCUAUUUUCCGUCUUUUUUUUCCAAGAGCUACAGGAGAUGCCGGUCAGCUUCCAGGACGGCUGGCUGCUCUACCUGUCAGUCAUCUCGCAGGGCAUCCUGGACCACUUCCUGUACGGCUCUCUGGUCUACCCACUCAUAGCCCUGCUGGUCUAUCCUUGCUGGCUGCUUUUCUGGAAUAUCCUCUUCUGGAAGUAGAUGCCAGUCACGCAGGACCACUGAAGGCUUUCACAGGGAGAAAAGUCCACUGGGGCGUUCUCAGGUUUGUCAUCAGCAGGUGGGAAUAUGAAGAAUGACAGUUAUAUCAACUGGAGAGAUUGGAAAGAAGAGGAAUAGCUAUUGUUUACUUGGAAAAAGAGCAGUGACUCCCUCUUUUUGGACAUUUUGUUGAUAUUUCAGUAUCAACUCCAAGUAUUUCAUUCUUAAAACACUGGAGAUGAAGCAGGACAUUUUUACAAACUAAGCAGAAUUGACUGUAUCUUACUAAACAUCUCACUUACAUAUAGUGGCAGAGGGGACGAUCUUUUUACAAGUAAUGAGGAAUGUUAUUGUUGGGUUGCUUUCUGUUUAAAAAAAAAGAAAAAAAAGAAUUUGGUGUAAGAAUUUUUUUCUAAAUAUUUUUGUUUGUGGUACAUAAAGAAAAAUACUGCACUGUUUUUUUAUGUUGAAUUUCCUUUUACCAGGCAGCACUGUAAUGAUGGAAAGGUUUAGACAGUACCAAUAUGGUUUAUUCUAAAAAGUAAAAAGUGGUGAAACAGAAGAAACCAAUUGGUUGGUUAAACCGUCUACUUCCUUUAAGACGUUUAUACACCUAUCUGUUGAACAAGCCAUUAAUACAUCUAAUAUUUUUAUACUUGUUUUGAUAGCUUUGUUUGAAACUUGUUUAUUUUAUAUUUAUAAAUGCCAAAAUAAAAGACUGGUAAAAAGUUUA